AGAACGCACCGCCCUCUUUCAAAAUGGUUAUCCAAAAUUUUGUAUAAAUACGGAGUCCGACUGGCUUUUGAAUACACAGUUCAACAACUGCUUCAAUCAGCUCACUACAAUUCCAACAUGAAGUUCCUUAUCCUCGCCGCUGUGUUCGUCGUUGCUGCCGCAAACUACAAUAACGUCCCGGCUUAUUCCGCUCCUGCUUCACCCUCAGCCGGUUAUGUCGAACAGGUGUACUCCACAUCCACUUACUCCGCACCUUCCUACUCUGCACCGGAAUACUCCGCACCUUCCUACUCUGCACCGGAAUACUCCGCACCGGAAUACUCCGCACCCGCUUACAGCAAAACCGAGAAAUACACUUCCGAGUCCAGUGAUGAAGAUGAAGAUGAUGAUGAUAACGAAGAUGCUGAUGUUGAAUCCAAGAAAGAAACGGAAUAUUCCAAGCCUAGUUACACAACUGAGGCCUACGCUGCUCCUUCUUACAAGGAGCCUGAAUACACAACUGCUUCUUAUGUUGCUCCUGAGUACGUAGCUCCAGUUUACUCGGCUCCGGUCUAUGAGGCCCCAGCAGCUCCGGUUUACUCUGCACCGGCCUACGAGGCCCCAGCAGCUCCAGUUUACUCUGCACCGUCCUACGAGGCCCCAGCAGCUCCAGUUUACUCUGCACCGACCUACGAAGCCCCAGCAGCUCCAGUUUACACCGCACCGGCCUACAACGUUCCAGCCGCCGUUUACUAAACUCAAGCCACCGCUAUCCCCCGGCUUAUCAAACUCUUUCCUAUCCUAAAUUACUACGCAGUAAUUCCUUGAAGUAUUAAAAAAAAAAAAAACUUUUUAUUUAUUAAAGACUAUGGAUUUAUCUACUGAAAUUACAGCAAGAUUUAUGCAACCUGCAAAAUAGAAAUACAAUAAUCACUAAGCAAAA